GAAGUGAAUGACAAGACUGCUAAAGGGGAACUAAAGCCUUUCCACAGAAAGACGCUGGCUGCAAAAACAAAAACAAAAAAGCAUAAUUAGGAUAACCUACAUGUAAACCAUUGACAAAGAAAUAACAUUAUGGAAAGAGAGAAAGAAAGAAUGUGCUUGCACAAAUGGGCAUCGGGUCUGCAUUAAAUGACCAAUUUAUAAUUGCACUUUGUGAAGCCUUCACAGCGAAGUUUAAAUUGGAUUGCGAGUGCACAUGAACCUGACAAUAAAAGUUUUAUGGAUAGACUCAUAAAUCGGCGACAGUGAAUAAAAAAAAACAUUGGAGGCGUUAACAUCCUACAUGGGCGGAUUAUGCAAUAGUUCUUCAACCUAAAUCGAAAACCGUGGACGCAACCUGCGUCCUAAAGUUUCGUUGCUAUUUCAAUUGUGUGAUAAUAGUUCAAUGAGUACUGAAAGCAACUGAACAAGAUACAAGACUUCAGCAAUGGAAAGAGGAUUGGGCUCUCCUCUGACCCAGGAUCAGUCCAGGUGUGGAGUGUGUGAGCAGGUACUGAGGGACCCAGUCAUCACCACCUGUGGACACAGUUUCUGCAAGCAGUGCAUCAGCAGCUGCUGGGCUGGGGCUGACCCACCUGGAGGCGCUACCUGUCCCAGGUGUGCAGGCCAACGCAGUGCCCAGUCUCAACCACCAGGGGCAAACUAUGCUCAGGGAUGCAUUGACCCAGGCCAAGCAAGAGCUCCUGUCGUGAGCUCCACCACCACAGCUGAAGGUGGAAGCAGCAUCUUUAACCCCUCGUUGGCUGGCUGUAAUAUCUAUGGACCGGUUACAUUCAACAGUGAAACACACUCCACCAUUGGCGGAAGAAGAUGGUCAGAGAAAGAACCAGAUGGAGCUAUUCUACAGGAAGUACUCACUGACCAUAAGAGUAGGAUGAAGAAGCGUUUCGAGUGCAUAUUUGAAGGUAUUGAAAUGAAAGCAAACAAGAAGCUGCUCAACAAAAUCUACACAGCGCUCUACAUCACAGAGGUAUACAGUGAAGGCAUGGACAAUGAACAUGAAGUCUGGCAACUCGAAACUGCAUUCAAGAAGCAGAAAGCACAAGAUAAACCUAUCAACUGUAAUGACAUCUUUAAACCUUUUCCUGGAGAAAAUGGGCACAUUCGAGUCGUUCUGACUAAAGGUGUGGCUGGCAUCGGGAAGACCGUCUCCGUUCAGAAGUUUGUUCUCGACUGGGCGGAUGGAAAAGCCAACCAGAACAUCCGCUUCAUGUUUGUGUUCCCUUUCCGAGACCUACAUUCUGUGAAAGAGGCGCACAGCCUCCAAACGCUCAUACUUGGAUUUCACCCGGAACUUAAAAACCUGGACGCCCCCGAUAAGUACUAUGACGAUGACCGAACCAUUUUGAUUUUCGACGGCUUGGACGAGAGCCGACUGCCACUGAACUUCCAAGACAAUGAAGCUUUCUUUGAUGUAAGCAAAGUGUCGUCAGUGGACGCGCUGAUCACAAAUCUCAUUCAGGGGAAUCUGCUUUCCUCAGCCCUCGUGUGGAUCACCACACGGCCUGUGGCAGCUUGUCAGAUCCCCAUCAAGUACGUCCACCAAGUGACGGAAGUCCGAGGCUUCAGUGAGCUUCAAAAAGAGGAGUACUUCAGGAAGAGAUGUGAAGACGCCGCACAAGCGGAGAAAAUCAUUGCUCACUUCAAGACAUCCAGAAGCCUCCAGGUCAUGUGCCACAUUCCCGUCUUCUGCUGGAUUGCCGCCACCGUUUUCCAGCAGAUCCUGAGGAGGACGAAGGACAACAGCGAAAUACCCAAGACACUGACGCAGAUGUAUGCCCACUUCCUGCUCAUCCAGACAAGCAUCAACGAUCAAAAGUACCAUGGGGGACGUGGGGGAACGGACAGGGAGGGACUCCUGGUGUCUCACAGGGACGCCGUCCUGAAGCUGGCAGAGCUGGCCUUCAAACAAACGAUGAAGGGGAACAUCAUGUUCUACGAGGAUGACCUGAGAGAGUGCAGCAUCGACGUUGACGAAGCCUCUGUGUACUCGGGGAUGUGCACUGAAAUCCUAAAAGAAGAAUCAGUGUUUUAUCAGCAGAAGGUCUACUUCUUCGUGCACCUGAGCAUCCAGGAGUUUCUGGCUGCCUUUCAUGCCUUCGUGGCCCACACAAACGGGAACUUCAAGGAGCUGCAGCCCCUUCUGCGAGUACGAGGCUCCAAAGGUCGAACCCAAGGUGAACUUCCCCUCACACAGUUCCUCAAGGAAACCCUGUAUACCGCUUUGAACAGCAAAAAUGGCAACCUGGACCUUUUUCUGCGCUUCCUCCUUGGCAUCACUCUCGAGUCCAACCAGAAGCUCCUUCAGGGACUGCUGCCGCGACAGCAGAGAAGCACUGAGGCCAUCAACGACAUGAUCCAGUACAUCAAGACCUACAGGGGCAAGGACUUCUCCCCCGAGAGGUGCAUCAACCUCUUCCACUGCUUGGUGGAGAUGAACGAUCACUCAAUGCACACAGAGAUCCAUGAGUACCUGCAGUCUGAGGGCUCCAGGAAGCCGCUCUCGUCCUCCUUCUGUUCUUCCUUGGCCUAUGUGCUGCUCAUGUCUGAGGAAGUGCUGGAGGAGUUCAACUUGAGGAAGUACAACACAUCGUCAGAUGAAGGGAGGAAGAGGCUGGUGCCUGUGGUGAGAUGUUGCAGAAAGGCUCUACUUGCUGCGUGUAACCUCAAUAAGACGUCUUGUGAGAUCGUGGCAUCUGCUCUGCAGUCUGCAGACUGCCACCUGGUGGAGUUGGACCUGGGCAAAAAUGACCUGCUGGAUGCAGGAGUCGACUGUGUCUUUGACUCAAUGCUGAGUACUCACUGCAAGCUGGAGAUACUGAGAGUCCCUGAGUGUAAGGUGACUGAGACGUCCUGUGGGAGUCUGCGGGUCGCCCUCCAAUCACAACUGUGCCACCUCAGAGAGCUGGACAUGAGUGGCAAUGAGCUGAAGGAUUCAGGGGUGAUGUCGAUAUGCAAGGGAUUAAAGAAUCCACACUGCAAGCUUAAGACACUUAGACUGGCAUGCUGUGGCCUGACUGAGGUGUCCUGUCGAGGCCUUGGCCCUGUCCUCCAGUCCCCUGGCUCAACUCUGAGGGAGCUGGACCUAACGGAAAAUGACCUGAGGGACUCAGGGACCAAGCUUCUGGCAACUGGACUAGGGAGUUCACAGUGUAAACUUGAGAAACUGAAGCUACUUGGCUGUCUUAUCUCCGAGGAAGGCUGCCUUUCCCUGGCCUCAGCCCUGAAGUCAAACCCCUCUCACCUGCUUGAGCUGGAUCUGAGCUACAACCACCCUGGGGAUAUGGGAGCGGAGCUGCUUACUGUUAGACGGAUCGAUCCCGGCUCCAAACUUCCAGAGAUCAAUGUUGAUCAUGGUGCAGCUUGCAGGUUGAGAUCUGGACUGCGAAAAUAUGCCUGCAAGCUUAGCUUCGACCCAAACACGGCCCACAGAAAACUCUCCCUCUCAGAGGACAACAGGAACGUGGAGUGCACCAUGCGAGAACAGCCCUAUCCAGACCACCCAGAGAGAUUUAGCACCUGGCAGGUCCUUUGCAGAGAACCCCAGUCUGGACGCUCCUACUGGGAGGUCGAGCGAAGUGGUUGGUAUGGAGUUGUUGUCGGAGUGUCGUACAAAGUCACAGAAGGGCGGAUGCAGCAUAAUAAGAUCGGCUACGACGACUGGUCGUGGAGCCUGGCUUGCUACGAUAACAGGUUCACGGCCAGGCACAACAAACGGCGUACUAACAUACCUGCCCCCGUGCUCAACGCACACCGAAUAGCAGUGUACCUGAACUGGCCCGCGGGCCUCUUGUCUUUCUUCAGUGCCGCCGAAGGUACAUUGACUCACUUGCACACGUUCUAUUCGAGAUUCUCCGAGCCGCUUUACCCGGCGCUGAGGUUUAUCUUUGCUGGCUCGUCUGCAUCCAUCUGUGAGUUAGCCUAGCAGCUGAACGUUGUGCUUUGACAUCCGUCAAGUAGCCUAGCAGUUGAACGUUGUGCUUUGACAUCUGUGAGUUAUAGCCUAGCAGCUGAACGUUGUGCUUUAAACGUACUUUUGUUGCUUUUUUGCAGCUCACAGUCAGGGCGUUUGCAUGCACAUACAAAAAGAAGCUGAUUGACCAGUUGACUUACUGACAGAAAACGCUAUUGCUUCGCUUCCAUUUUGUAGCCAUGUAGAAUACACUGACGUCCUGAUGAGAUUAACACUGUCUUUACCCAUUUGCUGUACUUCAUAGAUGUAUUUACUUAUUUUAUCUAAAACCCAAAUGGCAACAUUCAGUUGGGAUUUUAUUGGGUCUUUUGUUACUUUUUAUGAGCCUGAAAGCCAAAGGUAAAACGGGAAUUACUACCAGUGAGUAUCUUGAAGUCAAUGGAAUAAGGACAUCAUGUAGCCAUUUUGUGAUAGUGGACAUUAGUUGAUGGUUUUUUUUUUUUACUAUACACAUUGUACAUACUUGUAAAUAUUCUCCACAUUUGUGUUUUAUAGUGUAAAUAAAAUGUUCAAAUUUAUAGUUGCCUACAGUAACUGUAGUCUGCAAGUCGCAUAAAUCACGUAUUACUAGAUGAACUAUGAAGUGAUGUAUUAUUGUACAAGUUGAUGCAAACAUAUUUGUCCUCUUUUGUUGUGAUUGACACCAAACACAUUUGACUAUUUCUACCACAAUGAACUAUGAAUAAACUGCUGUCAUGGACUCAUGUAUUCAAACAGGAGUUAUGAUUCUACGUAAAACAGGAUAGGGUUUAUCAUUGAAAAACAAGUUAUCCAGGCAGGAGUCGUGAUUCUUUAGCAAGUUGUUCAGACAGCAAUUACAAUAUUCUUAACAAAAUUAUACAGUUAAAAGUUUCUUUAGCAAGUUUUCCAAACGAGAAUCAAGAUUUUUAAACAGGUUAUUCACACAGGAGCUCAGAAUAACGAAAACUGAAGCUCAAAGUGAACCAGAAACAAGGGCAAUGUCUUCAACUUGUGUACAGACAGUCUUGUUUGAACUGUUUGUUCAUGCCUAAACAGGUCCUGCCAGUAUACUGUUGAUAUGAUCAGAGACAGUGCAGU